AUGGAGGUCAUCUUGACUGCGAUUCUGGGUGAAGUUGCGAGCAGAUCUUUUUCAUUCUUGAUUGACAAAUACAUGGCAGAAGAAUCAAUAGAAAGUGUGGAUGAGAUGCUCCAGAGUCUGCAACUGCUGUUACUUCGUGUCCGCGUCAUCCUGGAGGAGGCGGACGGGCGAAGUAUCACAAGCCAAGCCAUGCUGCAGCAACUGAACAUCCUGAGGAAGGAGAUGCACAGGGACUACUACGUCCUGGUCAGUUUCAGAGGAAACCAAGCCAGAGAAGACGAGGCCAAAGGUCACAACAACAUGAGCCACUAUUUUACCCUCUCCAAAUUCAGUCCUGCCAAGCGCCUUUCUCUCUCUAGUGUAGGUGGUACAUGCACACCAUGCGUGAAAGAAGAUCAGCAAGUGUCCAAAAACUUGGGCACUAUCAUCUUACACACGAGUGAGUUUCUCGCAUUUCUGAAGAACUAUCCUCCGCGGUACCGCCAACCUUACUUUAUGCAUCUGAUGAUUGGCCUGAGCAUGUUUGGCCGUGAAAUGGAAAUGGAGAGGGUCAUCAAUUUAUUGAUGCAAAACGAGCUUUGUACCGAACAAAGUAUAGGGGUUCUACCAAUUAUUGGUCCAGCAGCUGUUGGGAAGAGCACUCUAGUUGCACAUGUGUACAAUAGCGAGAAAGUGCGUCAAUAA